AUGGGAGAUGUGGGGGCCCAAAAUUUAGUACUUACUUCCUCGAAUAAAGAUCGUCCCCAAUCCAAUCAGCUCUCUGAACUUCAUGUAUAUCUUGUGCCGAACGACAGAUGGAUAGAGAAACGAAGAUUAGCCAUAAAUCAAGUUGUUGAUGACGCAGUGUCUUCAGGGUUCGUGAGGGUUUUACCAACGGCAAACCUCACCGAGCUCAGGAAGGUUAUCAACGACCAAUUGGGCCAAGACGUUCUUCCCAAGAAUUACUUGUUCUUACGAAGUGUUGGAAGGAAUUUCACUCAGGUGAAGCCACAUCAAGAGAAGGAUAUGAAAACUAAAAAUUAUAUGCCACCUUUCGAUAAAAUACACUCACAAGCUACUUAUGUGCAUAGAAAGUACAGAAGAGAAUCUACUCAAUCUAAUAAUAUCCCGUCCACAGAAAAAGGAAGACAAGGUAAUAGAGAAGCACGACUUGCUAGGCACACAAUCGGAGGACAACCGGCUAUUGGUGAGGGAAACGCACUCAGUGGAUCGACAGAAGUAGAGGACAGCCACAUUGAAAGCAGGCGGAGGAAAGAUAACGAGAUGAAUUACAAAGUAGAAAAACGAGAAACUUGGACUAGAAGAUGGAAUAGUGAAGGAAAUUACUCCCACGAAGAAAGAGGAGACGAAGAUACUAAUUAUAAAGUAAAAGACAUGUUGAAAGACAAUAGAGUUGAAGGUGGAGUCAAUAAUGUCAAUGAACGUUCUCAUGUAAGGAGGACUAAUAGCAUUGCACGGUCUCAGUCAAAAAAUCAAACUGAUCUCCACAAUAAAAAAGGAAUAAAAAAUAAUAACAAGUCUAAAAUGGUACAAAAUAAUGAUGGGAUUGAAGUUAAAAAAAGAGGAAGAAUGCAAGGAGUUUCUUCUAAGAAAUAUAAGACAAGCAUUCCUAAAAAAACUUUCCAUAGAAGUGAAAACAAUGUAGCAAAUAGUAUUAGUUUAAACCAAACAAGCAAAGAUGAAAUAUCUACCGAGGAAAAUAAUCAUUAUUCCCCUAAAAUCAACCAAAGUGAUGAGUACGUAAUUGAAAACACCAGCAUUAAACUUCUUGAUGCUGACGGAAGCAAGGCUUCUGACAAUGAAAUUGGUGAAAUAAUUCAAUAUAUUGAGAAUGAAGAAAGAAAUUCAGAAGUAGAAAGUGGACCAGUUGAGAUUCGAAAGCAUGUUAUGACUUCUGACAAUAACGACCCGGAUAGUGAAGAAGGAAACAAGUACAUCACACGAAAAACAGUGACAGAGACCCGAGAAGAGAGAACAGAGAAGAGAAGCUACAAACGCACAGUCAAUGGUGACAUGGUUCCAAUGGAUGGAGGGGAUGGACAAAGGACAAUUGUGAGUGAAAAUCGAAAAGAAUUGACUGAAAGUGAGAUUUCGGGAGAAGAGUCUCUCGAUAUACCUCACGAAGAAGAAAAACAUAAUUUUAGUUCAACAUCAGAAGGUAGCAUGGGUAUCAAUUCAAAAAGAGAACCUAAUCAAACUCAGCGUGGUCGGUUAAAAAUUGAAGUUUCUAUGAAGGAACUUGGCGACACAAUCAUACAAACAGAUGAUGUAAAAACAGAAAAUAAGUUAACGGAAACAGAAGCAGCUAAUACUAAUGUUAAUACUGAUGGAGAAGAUGGUACUCGUGAAAUGAAUAAAGACUUCCAUGAAGCAGGAUCAGAUGAUGGAAAAAUAUAUAAAGAAAAAGAUGGAGAUUUAACAAAACCAAGUAAAGGUAGUCUUGGUGAUGAAAAUAGUUUUGAUGAUAGAAUCAAAAAUGAAGCAGAAGAAUAUGGUUUUGAUGAUAGAACAAGAACAAAUGAAGGUUUUGUUGACGAUAGCAUACAAAAUGAAACUGAAGGUGAAGCUAAUCUUAGUGAAAACUCAGAAACUGUUGAAAAAGUAAACAAUGAUGCCCAUAGUAGCAAUUUUAAGGAUGCAGAAGAAAUUGUAAAAGAUCUCGUCAAAGAUUCCUCGGAACUAGACUUGGAUGGCUUGCAAGUUGAGAAGUUACAUGACGAGGAAUCAGUUGCAGGUGGCGCUACUGAUGAAAUAGGGGGAGAAAUUAAAAAUCGUAUUGAUAACGAUUUUGAGAAGAAGAAGAAGAAGAAAGGCAAAUUUCCCGGAUCUAGUGAUAAUUCUGGAGAAACAUAUGGUUGGGCAGUUGAUGGAAAUGGUAAGCGAUGGUACUAUAGACAAAAGAAGCCUAAGACAAAGCGUGAAAAGGAUGUCCGUAAUACUCAUCGUGCGAAAACAGAGGAAGCUGAUUGGGCACCUAGAACAAGUGAUGGAGGAAGUGACCUUAUACAUUCUUCUCAAAUCCCCCACCAAAUCCAUCAGAGCGACUUCUUCUAA